UAUUAUCAGAACUCAACUAUUCAACAGCAUACAAUCCUAAAAGAACCAAUCCUUACCCUCAAACAGUAGACAAACACAAAGAGUCAGAGAUACUGAAAAAGGUUGAUCUUUCUAGUUCAGAGUUUUUUCUGUUGUACGGUCUGAAAGUUGCACACAAUAAAAAGGGGUUUGUCUGUAAUCUUUUUUGGUCAGCUUCACAGUUAUAUUAUCAGAUUCUAUUCCGUUGUACAGCGGAAGCACAAAUCAUUUGCUUAAAUUCUAUAUGUACUCAAAUAGGAAGCAACUUCUAUUGCUUAAAUUCUAAGGGAAGUGAUUAGUGAAGUACUAAGAAAAGUUGCCAGUCUGAGGAGAAGUGAUGGGUCAUAUAUGUGAAUUCUGUGGGGAGCAGCGGUCAAUUGUAUAUUGUCGGUCAGAUGCAGCUUGCUUAUGUUUAUCAUGCGAUCGCAAUGUGCAUUCCGCGAAUGCCCUUUCACAGCGCCAUUCGAGGACACUUUUAUGUGAAAGAUGUAAUUCACAACCAGCUGUUGUUAGACGUGUUGAGGAGAAGAUUUCUCUUUGCAAGAACUGUGAUUCGAUUAGUCAUGCUGGUUCUGAUAAGAGACAAGCACUUAGUUGUUAUACUGGAUGCCCUUCCGCUGCAGAACUUUCUACUAUCUGGUCAUUUCUCUUAGAUAAUCCUUCAACUGGUGAUUCAACUUGUGAGAAGGGAAUCGGUUCAAUGAGCAUCACUGACAACCGACCUAUGGAUGGUCAAGCUCCUCAAGGAAAGUUCAACUCUCAAGAUACAUCUGCCACAGUUCAAGUGAGUGAAAUGCAUAUUAACGACAAAUCAAAUGUUUUGAUGCGAUCCUCUAUGCCUACUCUUGGCAACAAGCUAAACAAGGUGGAGCAAAUUGCUGGAUCUGUGAAUUACCCCUUAUCAAAGGGCUGCUAUUCUGGAGUAAAAGGCUCAACUAUAUAUGAGGAUGAUCCUUUCGCUCAAGAUUUCAAUAUGGAUGAAGUGGACUUGAGUUUUGAAAAUUAUGAAGAGCUAUUCAGUGGUUCUCUCGAUAAUACAAAUCAGCUAUUCGAGAAUAACGACAUUGAUGGAUUAUUUGGGACGAAAGAUAUGUCAGUUUCUAAAGAUAUGUCAGUUUCUGAUUCCAGCUGCCAGGAUGUCAAUGCUGUCGAGGGGUCGUCGAUGCGAAGGGUAAUGGCAAUGCAGCCAGCAUGUAGCAAUGCAGAGUCCGCAGACUCCCUGAUGAGCUGCAAAACAGAACCUGCUAAUUAUUUUGGAAGGCAAGCGUCUAUCCUCUCAUUUUCUAACCUCGGGGGAGAAAGCAAUGCUGGGGAUUACCAAGAAUGUGGAGCCUCCACAAUGCUACUUAUGGGAGAACCACCAUGGUCCCAUCCGUAUCCUGAAAGUUCAUUUGCGUCAAGUAGCAGAAGCAAUGCUGUAUUGCGCUACAAGGAAAAGAAGAAAACCCGCAAGUGGACCUGGAAAGAAGGAUUCUCCGCUGCUUCACCAAAAACCGACUUAUCACCCAGAAAAAAGGAAAGUCAACAUGCAAACCUUUUGUUAAGCAAGUGUGCUGCAGAGAAUGGGACUUGGCCAUUUCUAGAGGUACAUGAUCAGCUUCAUUCAAGAAAGGAGUCAAGAUUUGCAAUCUCGACUGUAAUUAUUUUGUUCAUCGACUACACCACGUUUGCUUAUGUUGUUAUCACUCUAACUAGGUGGAGUUUACCGAUUUUGAGUCCCAAAAUAAUUCAACCGUACGUCCUUUCAUGUCUGAAGGACUGAGAGUUCCUUGGCAAUUAUGUUUUGCAAUGUAUAAUAUGUUACCUGAAACGCCCUCUCUACCCCUCAAAGCUAGUGGUAAGGUCUGUGUACAUCCUACCCUUCCCAGACCCUACUUGUUGGAUUACACUGGGUAUGUUGUUGUUGUUGUCAUGUGUAAUAUAUGUAGAAGGGCUAGAAUGGAUCGUGAGAUGACAGAUGAAACUUGCUUUUGUUGACAUUUUUCCUAAUUUGUUGUAGAUAAAAUGUACAGCAGUAGACAGUUGGAGCUUUGAGAGAGCAAACCAUCACCUGCUAUAA